GCACUUGCAAGCUUGGCUGAGCUUUGCAGUCGCCAUUUAAACAGUGUCAAAAGCAGCAGCUAUAGUUAGUCCUUUCCUGAAAGCACAAAGAUUGCAAGGCACAAGAGUGAAUGGGAAAGAAGGACCAAGGUAUUUCCAGGCUGAGCGUGAAGGCUAUUGAGCAACAUGCCGGAACAAAGCAAUGAUUACAGAGUGGUGGUGUUUGGAGCGGGAGGUGUUGGCAAGAGCUCCUUGGUCUUGAGGUUUGUGAAAGGCACUUUCCGAGAGAGCUACAUCCCCACUGUGGAGGACACCUAUCGCCAGGUGAUCAGCUGUGACAAGAGCAUCUGCACUCUGCAGAUUACGGACACGACAGGCAGCCAUCAGUUCCCGGCCAUGCAGCGCCUGUCCAUUUCCAAAGGCCAUGCCUUUAUCUUGGUCUACUCUAUCACAAGCCAGCAGUCCUUGGAGGAGCUCAAACCCAUCUACGAGCAGAUCUGUCAGAUCAAAGGAGACGUGGAGAGCAUCCCUAUCAUGCUCGUGGGCAACAAGAAUGACGAGAGUUCAAACCGGGAGGUGCAGAGCAGCGAGGCUGAAGCUCUGGCCAAGAAGUGGAAGUGCGCCUUCAUGGAGACCUCAGCCAAGAUGAACCAUAACGUUAAGGAGCUCUUCCAAGAGCUCCUAAAUCUGGAGAAACGGAGAAGCGUGAGUCUCCAGAUUGAUGGGAAAAAGAGUAAGCAGCAGAAAAGGAAAGAGAAGCUCAAGGGGAAAUGUGUGCUCAUGUAAGAGCCCUGCCUGUGCCAAACACGUCGUACUUCUUGUCUCUAGCUGCCCCUCUCCCAUCCUCACUGAUGUCCAUGUUCAAUGGAACAUGCCAUCGAGAUGAUGCCCAUUUACUAAACAUGUCUGCAUCGCAAAGCCUCACCCUACAAUACUAAGUACCGAUUCUAAAGCAGCAAAGUGGCAAGGGCUAGGCAAUUGAGCUGGCAAGUGUCUGGGGGCAAAUUUGAACCCAGGUCCUCCCUGCUCCAGACCCAGCCCUCGACUUACUCUGUUCUUGUCCCUGUUUUUUUUUUUAUAAAGAGGGGCAUUAACUUCAUCAAUGACAACUAACCGCUCUGCAAGUCCACAAACUCUGUCAGGAAACAAAAAAAGUCCACAGGGUUAAAAACGCCAAGCAAUGCCACAUGCAUAAAACCAUUUAAAAAGUGAGAAUGAGGGUUCUUAUGAACUCUGAAGAGUCCAAAUGGAGAUGCUGAUAAUAGAAAUCAAUAGAAAUAGCCAAGACGUGUCCAAGCAAGCUGACGCCCACUUAUUUCAGAAAUGCCAACUCUGUCUAAGGCAGGCAUUUCUUUGGUUUAACAUGUGGAGACCUCAGUUUCCUGCAGAGUUUGAAGUGAAGCAUGAAAACAAGUCACUUAGGGAUUGAGAGUGGUAGGUACACUGUACAGAAGCCACAGUUCACGCGCACAUUCAUGCCUGAGGGCAUCGCUGGGAUUCCACUAGCUUGUGAUGAGCUAGUUUCCUCUAAUUGGAUAUUCCAAUUUGUCAGGGGUUUCUUGAGAUCUCAUUUCUAUAAGGUGUCAUUUGCAGUCCCAUUUCUCUUUGUAUUGGAAUUCAAUUUAAAGAUUUAAAAAAACCCCAAACUCCUUAUUUUGACCUGCAGGACAAAAUUUUUCUUUGGGAUUAAAAUGCACAAGAAACUUUGAAUUAUGCUCUCUGAAUGGCACGCCUAAAGGUCAUUCCAAAUACUUUGAAAUUCCGAAAUGUUACUGUGUUUGGGGCAAAGGUUACCUCAAUAGUCUAUGACUGGAAAACACCAUUACUAGCUAGCACAUCCAAUUAUAAAGGCUGUCAAGACUUGUCAGAUGCAGUAGUCACUUGAGAAAUAAUUAUCACAUUCUUCAAAUAAUUUCCUAGACAUCAUCCCCUCUCCAAACUCAAUUACAGAUAUUCCUCUCUCUUCAAAAGUGGUGAUAAGGCAACAGGGAUUGCAAUUAAUCUUUACUUUUCUGGUCUAGAGAUGCUCAGUUCUGAUUAUGUUACCAUCACUGCUCUUCUCCCUGAAAACCGAUAUUCAACAGUACUUAUUAAUUUAUUAAUAAUUAUUAUAUAUGCUAAUAAUAGAUAAUAAUUAAUUAAAGCUCCUGUUAAUUUCUAAAGUUAAAUUAACGCUAGACAAAAAUUCCAAACCCCCCUCUCAAAAGUCUUUCCUAUUUGCAUAUUUGUUAAGUAAGAAAAGGAAGUAUCAGAAAGCUCUCCAAAAAACCAUGUAAGUAUUAGGGUGAUCCGCCCCCGACCAAACUCAAAAGGCGUCAAGGUUUGUGUUCCUGUCAUUGCCACUCUUCCUUAGAAUCGUACUUUCCAUGGACCUGAUACCCCCAGGCUGCCUCCCGAACAAACCGAGGGAUCGCCUUGCCCAUAUCAAUAUGAUAUUUAAUCCUGUCUGCCCUGUAUAUCACCCCAAUGUUUUCUUCGAUACCCUCACUAAGGACUAGCAAAUCUGGACUACUUCCAUUGCACCAAAGUAUUCAAUCCUAUCUAAGAGAAGUCAUGGUGUGUUCUUAGGUGGGGGCUAGUUCACAGCUUUAUGAUGAUUCUCUAAAUAAUUGCCCUAGUUCUCCCUUUUAAACCAGUCCAGUGGGAAUUUCUGGCAGGGAAGGGCAGACCUUUGGAUCAUGAAUAACUCAUCAUCUUGAGCAUCUGCAAAGGUCGCUCUAAUUUGGGAAUCACCUGAGCCAUUAACUGUUUCCCUCCAAUCGUUCAUUUUUGAGGGCAUUUACAAUUUCAUGUGUGUUGUAUAUAUCUGAUUCAGGAAGGCUUUAGGGAAACCGAGAGACAUAGAAAUGCAUAUGUUUUAAAUUUCUAGAUAGAUCCUAUUUCCAAAGACAAAGACAUUGUCUCUUAGAACUUGAGUGAAGAUUCCAAAUGGGAAUAUUUCAAAUUCCGUCAAAGCUUGGCACAUUUCCAAUGCAUAGUGAGUGCUCUUGAGCCAGGAGCGUCCAUUAGUUUCUAAAAUAAAAAGCACAUAUUUGGCUAGCAAUGUCGACUUUUUCUAUCUAUUCAGCGAUAUCCCAUUUAUCAAUUAAUGGCAAAUGGAGUGCUUCAUCAGGAAACACCUUCGAAACAUUGACUUACUUACAAAAUUGAGGGAACACUUUGUACCAUUUUAUCUCCUUAGGUAGGUUCGUAAGAAGGCCUUUGAAAGCAAUGAGCACUUUUUAAAUUGGCAGCCAAGAUUUGCGUGACAUAAAUUCACUCUUGCCCCAGUGUUAAGCUGUGAGUUUUGGGAUGUCACCUAGAGAAGAGGUUGUUGGCCCAGGCAGGGUAUAUGAACUUGGGUGUUUCCCAAUUCGGUGACUGCUUCAAUAUAAUUGGUUUCCAUAGAGAUGCUCAUGGUUUGGUACAUUUUAUGACAUUAUUCUGAGCAGUGCAUGGGCUUUACCAGACUCUGGAAGGAUUUCGUCACAAAAAAAUGGUAAGAAUCCCCAAUUGUCACAGAUGGUAGCACAUGACUGUAAUCCUUGUCACCAGGGAAGAUUGGGGUUCACAGAGCUCUUUGAUCUCCAGUGGGAGAAGCUGAUUUGCUGUCCACCCUUCUGAAAUGGAGGGAGUGGAAGCUCCUAUGCUGAGUAGAAUAGAACUGGUUUAGUGGGCAGCCUCUGCAAGUCCAACCUGUGCAGGAUAGGCAGACUGAGUUUUAGAACCAAUCCCAGACUCCUACAUCAUCUAUAAAAAGGAGUAGUCCCGUGGAGGUCUAGUCAAGCUAACACUUUUAAAAAGCGUUCUUGUAAAAUCCACACAUAGCUACACAUACACGAAAAAUAUUGGGAUGUGGAAUUCAGAUGGACUUGAGGAAGUUGGUAGUCACUUAAAUGAAAGAACAACUUGACUAUAAAUAGAGGUCGUGAUUCUGAAGAAACAGACGCUGAAGAGUGAAAUCCAACAAAACUUCACAGACCAAUUCAUCUCUCAUCACUUGCGUCAGGCUCUGAGUAUGCUUGACUGGUCAACAAAUCUGAUAAAAAAUUUUUCUUUUAAAUAUAUUCAUUGUAUUAACAAUUUUGUUUUAUUUUUAGCAAAGUAAAACCAUGACUGUCUAAUGUGAUGCACAAAAAUAUAUAUGCCAUAUUGUAUAAUAUACUUGGUUUCUGAAAAAGGAAAAGCCACAAAAUGACAUUUUUCCAUGGGUAGUCAAUCAAUCUACUCACAAACAAACAAAAUUAACUGAAAUACUUGUUAGCCAUUCUGUGUAGAUACAAUUACUGUGAGGUACAGCCUUGCAUAGUACCAGUACACUGAAAAUGACCUAGCAUGAUUUUUGAGAAACAAGUGUUGAGAAUAAAGUGAAAUGAUUUGCAAGGAUCAUUUAUUUUGCUCAGCAGCUGAUUUCGCUCCCAUUCCAUGAUGUCAUUGCAUGAAUUUAAAGCAUGAAUAGCACAAAAAAAAUAAACAUUCAUUCUAAAUAUGUAUUGCAUACUCUUGUACUCAUUGAAGGUUAGCAAUGGAAAGCCUAUUUAUAAGCUGAUACAAUAUUCGCUUUGCAAUUUCUGAAAUAAAUAUCCAUUUUGUGGGAUGAACAACUCAAGAGAAAAAAACCCUGAAAUGCAUAAGAUACAAAACCUCAGAGAUUUGCAAUAGUAGGCAAUAGUUCAUAGAGACAUUGUAUGAAUCAAUAGUCAAAGAACAUGACAUAUGUAUGUGGGAAACCAAUCUGAUGUCGAUCUUUCAGAUAGGCUUAUUAUUGUAAUUUUUUCAUCUGCUCUAUUUAACUCACAUUAUAGCUAUAAAUCAUCUGUGCCUAUAAGUUUCUAGUGAUGUUCUGAUUAUGUCAAGACCAAAAAAAAAGGUUUAAAUUAUGAAAAUAUGGCAUGUUUGUACUUCUAAAAAUAAACUUUUGGUCAGA